AGUAGAUCAACGUUUUGUCAUCGGACUGUAAAGAAAAAAAAAAUUAAAAUUAAAAUUAAAAGUAUAGUAUUUAAUGUAUCUAUAAAUCUAAUAUAUUAUGAAGGAUUUGUAUCCAUACGCAAAAGUAUCGUUCUUGAAAUGAGAUACAAGCUUCAAGAUGCAUUUUUAUUGUCAAAUAACCCUUCAAGUUUCAUAAGCCAUGUGUUGUUCUUUUUUUUUAAAAAUUAGCAAAUGCUAUUUUUGUUGAGCAGGUAGAUGCUCAACGUAAACGGUUUCUGUUUCUAUUUCUGUUUAUAUGUCCAUAGCCGUAUACGAUGAAUGGAUCUUUGUUUUAUCUUUAUUUUUAUCGUUUUUGAUCACUAAGUUUUCUUUUUCGAGUGUAGAAAUGUUUCGUUGUCUUUCUAUGGCCUAGUAAAAUCAACACUCUUUUACGUCUAGUGAAAGCAACCAAAAGGUGAUUUCUUUUUUCAUUCUAUUUUCACGUAUUCAGCAUUUAUUGUAGUCAACGUGUUCAAAAACGGUUAAUUAUUCUCGAUUUUCACUUUAUUUUUGGAAUCUUGAAACUUGAGGAUUGGAUUGACUUUUAUUGAAUUCUCAACAUCGCGCGACGUGAUCCUUUACGCGCGAGUUUGAAAGGAAACUUUUGCACCCUCUUUAAAUUGGAAAAAAUAAGCAAAAACAAAUAUACAAUAUAUGUUUCGGAAUGCUGGUUCUAAAUGCUUGUAGAAGAUGAAGGUAUAAACAAGCAUUGUACUACUUUGACGAGAUGGAAUCCUAUGUUUAUCAACGAUGUCUACUCUAUCGUCUUUAAUGGUUCUACAACACAAAACAUAGGUUUCUGGUUCGGAUCUCCCGUUUGCUGGGUACAAAUUGUAGGAUAUGUGGUUUCGUUAGAUGUCUAUGAAGAUAGAUGUAUAUGUGUAGUGGAUGAUUGUACCGGUCAAAGUUUGCGUACCGUUUUCUCAAUGCAGGAAAAACCUUCCUUGGCACAGAAGGCAAGCACAUUGAAUCCUGGAAAUAUUGUCCGCGUUGGUGGGAAAAUCCAACGGUCCCACUCUGUUCAUUUGGUAGCUUACAAGUUGGAGUUGCUUGAAGAUCCCAAUGCUGAAUGGAAGGAAUGGCUUCAAAGAAUCCAUUAUAGGCAGAAUUUACAGAAGAUGCAAUUCAAUCUUAAACAAAAAAACAAUAACUUUGGUUUUCCUUGCAAAUCGAUCGAUUCCAGCAAGCACGCCAAGAUUCUCCUUUAUCAUCUGCGGCGAUUAAGUAAAGCCAAUCCAGAGGCAGGCUUUACUAUUGAAGAAGUACUUGGAUUUCUAAGAAUACAUCACUUGGAACUUCCUUCCAUACCUAUAAUAAACGUGGAAAGUCAAAGGGUGGAUAUGUUAGAUGGCAUGGAUGAGGAAGCUAUACGACUUUCACUCUUAUCUCUUGUGCAAUAUGGAAGAGUGGUCUACAAAAAAUCACGCGAAGUCUAUCGUUUAGUUCUUAGUAAAGAUGUGAUCAAAUUCGUGAUGCCCAUGAUGUCCACUGGCCGUGUUGAGGCCCAAAGUGUAUUGGAAUUGCUUCGUCAAGGAGAUGCCAAGUUUCAAACAGUCCCCAUCUACGCCGUUGCCAAGUAUAUUCGAAAGUUUCUUCGGUCCGCUAGGUGCAAAUGGGACGAGAAGGAAAAGUAUGUCUGGGAACUUCAAACCCGUAGCUGUGCAAUCCCUACCAAGUUAAUUUAGUAUACAUGUCCUGGAAAAAUCUAAUUUCCAAACAAUAAAUCGGGAAAACGUAACUCACAUUACUAUAACCUCUUCAUCUUAUUAGUGGCCUCAACUUCAG